AUGGCAGAAUCAAAAUCAGUAUUGUGCGACCAUCAGCCUCAGUCAGCCAUUUCCCAAACCUUGCGGCAUGUGAUCUUGACGGCACGACUUGGUCUUAGCGUCUGUCUGUCAGCUUUGAUACCCUCGUCACCAUCGUCGCCAUUAUGGCCAAAGUGGCUGUACACGGGCCUUCACCAGGAAUUCAGCCACCACAUACUUGAUAGAAAGAACAAAUACAACAAGAAAGGAAUAAACAAAGUUAGUCAUCAGUCUACCCGGAGGAUCAAGUCAGAGCCUCUCCUUGAUGGCGUCAGAUUGCGCUCCGACGAUGAACGCUUUUUCUUUGCCAUGCGUCCCUGUAUCUCCGUCGAGGACCGAUCACCAGACAACCUGUACGGCCUAGGUCCGGACGGAGAGCCACGGCUAUAUCCACUCCAGUAA